GUGAGUUCUCGCGAGAUGUGUGUAGCAACGUGAGUUGACGAAAACAAUAUGGCGGACGCCAGGUGAAAAGAAAUAGUUUUGUUUACAAAGUAGCGUAAAACAACAUCUGAACGGCAACCGCCAGUAUAUGUGACAGACAUAGAGCGACUGUAAGGGUACACCGGGUAGAUAUGGCACAGAGUAACUCGAGUUUGUUCCGAUGGAGACGGAGGACAGAGAAGUUUCCCUCUCAGGCUACCACCGGUGAGAGUUCUGGGACUCUCUCCAAACAGAGUCUGACAGCGGCGGAUGAUGUUCAAGACUGGAUAAAGAAAGUCCAGAAGGCGUCUGACCGAGCAGCUGUCGCAGCCUUAGGCCCGCGGGCAGCUGGCAGGACCAAUGGCUAUGCAGCAGCCCUGGAGACGGUCGACCAACUCAGGGAACAUGAUGCAACUUAUAAUGAAGCCCAAGAGCUGCUGAACACAUGGAUGAGUGAGAAGGUGAACCUGGAGUUUGAUGUGGAUGAUGAGGACUGGUCAGAAGUUCCGUCUGCCAAGGCCACGGCCGGGAACUCCCCGGCACACGGCAUGCUGGACAGCCUACUGGAGGAGAACUACACCUUCACUGAUGACAUGACAGAUGGGUCGGCAUCACAGAGGGCUAGAGAUUUCUACAGCCGUAUUGAGGAUGAUGACGAUGACUCGGCGGUACAGCAGAUCCUGUCAGGUAUGAUGGACCUGGAGGUGCUGGAUGACUCCACCCUGAGGGAGCUGGAGGCAGCGGAGGACUCCAGGCCCAGGAAGGACCCCACCAUGACCAUGGAGAUGAGACACAGGAAGGUGAAAGAGGCCAGGGACAGAAGACAGAGAGAACUUGAACAAAAGAGGAGACAGAAGCAAAGAAAAAAAGAUGCAAAGUUCCAGGCAGCCCAGAUGGUGCUCCGUGAAGAGCGAGAGAAGGCCCUGCGCGCCAAGCGUGAGGAGGAAGAGAUCCAGCACAUCAUGGCACACAUGAGGAAGGAGAUGUACGAACAACAGAGACUGGAGAUGGAGGCCAGGGAAAAGGAACGACAGAUGAAAGAGGCUGAAGAAGCCCGAUUGUUGGAACAGCGACAGAGACAACGUGAGGACCUGGACUCUGAAUACCUCAGACAUUGGCAGAAAGAAGAGGAGGAUAGGCUGAGACAGUUGAGCAAAAAUGCUGAGGUGGAGACUUUACGGAGGAGACACAAUCUCAGGUGUUUACAAAGGCACUUCUCAGCCUGGUACCGGUUGAUUGUGGCCAGAAGAGUUCAGUACGGCAAGGCCAGAGCCAUGGCUGACUGGAAGGCAACACUGCGAGCCUGGAACGCAUGGAGAACAUAUGUACUGUCCAAGAAGACUGACAAAGAAACAAGAAGAUAUCAGCGAGACCUGAUAGACAUGCAAAGGAAGAAGCAGGCAGCCGUGGAACAUGACCGGAGACGUGUGCUGCAGCGCUGCCUGCAGGCCUGGGUACUGUAUGUACACUGGGAACAGGACAGGAGGGAGCUGGGCAGGAAACAGGAGGAGACCAGGAGUAAGAUGUCAGCCCUGCUGGAGGCUGCUGCCUCAGGGAAGCUGUGGUCAGCCAGGGGAGACGAGGAGGGGGACAGUACCAGUGGGAGGGGAGGGGUCAGGUCAGACACGCUGGAGAACGGUCAGGCAAGAGUGGAUGAGCUGUUUGAUGAGCCUGUGAAGAGACAAGCAUCAGCACCUCUAGUUCGUACGGACAGAAGUGAACCCGCGUCUUCAAGGUCAGAAAAGGACAAAGGGAAACACGCCAGGCGGCUGGCCAAACCCACCGAACCAUGGCAGGUGAACAAGAAACACCUGGGCCUCAGUAACAAUGCCUUAGCCCAUCUGACACAGAUGGAGAUAGCCAAUCAGGACAAACAGGAGAAGGAGAGACUAACCCAGCCAAAGAAGCCAUACGUUCCCAACACUUAUGAACAUCGCUACACCCACCAACAGCAGGCCUUGGAGGAACAGAAAAAACAAAUCAAGGAGCAGAAAAGACUGAUUGAAGAGUUGCAGGAGCAGCAGAGGCUCAUCAUGUGCCAACAGGAUGUGCAGAAGGCAACAGCAGCUAGGGAAGCCAUCGAGGAGGCCAUUGCAGGUCAGGGGUUAAAGGGCAAGAGGCCUAGGUCAAGACCAGACUCAGCACGGAGCGACAGCACUGAUGCAUCAUCUGCAAUGUCUCAGACAGACACAUGUGUGUCAGGUCCUUCUACAGCUGUGUCUAGAAACUCCUCUUCCUCAAAGACUAGGUCUAACUCUAAAGCUCUGAUGGAUGCAGAUCCGAUUGUGAAAAAAAUGGAAGAGCGUGCAGCCCUACGUGAGGAGAAGAAGCGUCAGAUUGAGGAGAGGAAGAGGAGGAAGGAGGAGGAGAGAGUUCUCCGUCUGCAGGCAGAGGAGGAGGCUAAGAGACAGGCGGAGGAGGAGGAGAAGAGGGCGCGGCUGGAGAGGAUCAGGGAAGAGAAGAGGCUGAUGAAACAGCGUGAGCUGGAGAAGCAGGAGAGGCUGGAGCGACAGGUGCAGCAGAACGCCACGGCAGACCAACACUACAGGAACAGUCUACUCAGGAACCAGGGGUGGGCACCAUGGAGGAGACUGGUGAACCAGUCUCGCCACAACAUGCAGGUUGCUGUUGACCACCAUACGGAGGAGCUGUUGAGAUGCUGCCUGGUCCCCUGGUAUGACUACACACAGGAGGUCCUACAGCACAAGGCAGACAUGGCCACCGAGUUCUGUAACUUCAUCACAGUCAGGAGGUGCUUCAGGUCAUGGAGGAGGUAUGGCCAGCAUCAGUCCAUCCUGGAGGCGCGUGCAGAGAGACAUCGGCAGCUGAGGAUGAGGGUAACAUGCCCCUUGCUCCGCCCAACCCCCAGACGUGUGCAAAGGAAAGCGUUCCGUGCGUGGCAGCAGCUGCCUGUCCUGGCCAGGAAGGACCGUGAGAGGGAGCGGCGGAGGACGGAGAUGAGGAAAAAGGUGGCCAACAUCCUGCCUGACUUCCAGGGUCUCCAGCUGGCAGAGGACAAGGAAGACUUUACCUGUUCUCUGGGCAACAUCAAGAUGAAGCUGUAAUGGAUAAGACAAUUCUCUGUACACAACAAGUGUUUUGAUGAUGUUUUGAUGCCCAUUCGUCACUUUCCUCAUCUUUCACUUUACAUUGCAGUUAGUGUUGGUGCAGUGUGAAGUACUGGUACAUCUCGUCAGUAUUGCCCAGAGGAAGGUGAAACAUGAUCACCAGAAGGUCUGACAGAAAUUAAAUCUUUGGUUGUGUACAAAGAACUGUGGUAUCCAGUGGUUUACCAACCUGAUGAAACUAUGAUCACAGAUGAUACUCCAAUGUUCAGUAUUGUGGCAGCUUGAUUGGGUGGGGGGAGGAUUCCUGAUGUAACAUCCUCUAAGACAAUGAUUAGACUUCUGCAACAGCAUCAUCACUUUGUGACUAAAAAGCUGUGAUUCCAUCAUGUGGAAAUAGAGAACAACUGGGUUUUCUGUUUUAAUGAAUGACUAAGUAGUUAGGAUGAUAAGAAAUGUAAGUGACCUGUUUUGUUGUGCUGUGAGUUGAUACAACACUCCAAAGUAUUUUUUUUUGUUGCAAAUGCUGCUCUAAACUUAUGUUCCAACAUAUUGUUGUAAGAUAUUUUUACUACAAGAGUGACCAACUUCUGACACAACACUUGUAAAUAGUACAUUGAUUUUAGACUGUAGCAUUGUGCCUUAUUACUAAGUGUAGAAAUCCCAGCACAUUGACAGUCAACUUUGACAGAUAAACAAAUAUGCAAUGUAUGUUGGUAACUUAGAAAAGGAUAAAGAAAUUUGAAUUCUUAAGUCUUUAAAUCCAUUGGCAACAGAUAUUUGUUUUAUACUAUUUUAAGAUGUUAAAAGAUUCAAUUGAGCCAGGUUUUUGAUGACCUUUUCUUCUGUGCUAUGAUCUCAGGUCAUGUAAUUGUCCUCGCUGUUCACUUUUUCAGAAUUGUUUGAAUACUAUUCCUAAAAUGAGGUCAUUUGCCGUGGCUUGUUGUAUUUCUUACUGUAAAGAGGCAAAUUUUAGGAAGAGGUACAAAGGGACAUUACCAGCUUUAACCAAGUACAUGAGCAUUGUCUUGAUAAUACACCACACACAACAUGACACUAUACAUCUUGUACAAGCAGAUUUAUUAUUUUUCAAAACCUGCUUUAUCAAGUUCACAUGCAUGUUGGGACAGACUGGUAACACUGGAUCCAAGGUUCAUUGGUUCUGAAUGACAGGAGUUACAUUUUGUAAUAUUUAACAUCAGCUUCAGGGUACAUUGUAUCCAUCAUUUGUGACUCAUUCAUUAUUUCUCAAUAUCAGCGUAUCUGAGCUUCAAAGAAAGGGAAUCUCACCAAAUUUCUCUCACUGUAGGGUACAACCUACUAAGCAUGAUCAUGCUGGAUUAUCUCUCAGUAGCAAAGGUCUUAACAGAAGCAAAAAUGACGCUUCUUGCCCAUAAUCCUAUCCCUUAAGGUUCAAUAACAAUGUUACACAACCAUGACGUUCAUCAUCUAAAUUUGUAUAUUCAAAAAAAGGUGGUCGUGAUUCUGCAUUCAAUUACUGAUUGCUUGAUUCAACUCAGCAGAGCAAUUAUUUCCUCUUCAUAUAAAAUAUCAUUCACAUCACUUAGCUCUAUCAAACUCCGCUUUGACAAAUAUAUUACAGAAAACACAUUGUACAGAAAACACAAGUCAGUGCCUCUAAGAGAAGAUCCCUAUGUGACACCAGAAGUUACUGGAUUGUAUUCCUCAGCAGCUGAUUUGUAUGGUCUGUCUCUUGACCAAGUGCAACAAGCAAUGUUCUGUUCCAAAUGGUUAACUGAACAACUAAAGAGAAAAACUCAAAUGAAAGAAAUCUAGUACCUGUCCUCUCUG